GGUUUAACUGGAGUUAAGGGUGAUACAGGCCCAACAGGACCUCAGGGUGAGAGGGGAGAACCCGGACCACAAGGGGAUCAAGGAAUACCUGGAAAUACGGGAAGUAUUGGCGAAAUGGGACCCCCAGGUGAAAGAGGGUACACAGGAUACACAGGAAUUUCCGGUCGACAAGGUGAGCCGGGUAGUAUAGGACCUCAAGGAAACACGGGAUCGACCGGCCUACCUGGACCUCCAGGAUCGAAAGGUGACAAAGGAUUGAGAGGAGAUACGGGCAGGGAUGGAAAACCCGGAGUAACAGGUGCAACUGGAGAAAUUGGUCUGCCGGGCAAAGAUGGGUUAGAUGGGCUUCAGGGGGAACCGGGACGCGAUGGCGAGAAGGGAGAAACUGGAGACCCUGGACCCCAGGGAUUUCAAGGAGACUCUGGUUCACCUGGAUUGCAUGGGUUCACAGGUCACACCGGUUCGACAGGUGUUGCAGGUCGUCCGGGCGUCCAAGGACCCAAGGGUGACCCAGGAUUUAAAGGUAUCACCGGGGCAACCGGAUACACAGGUGAUAUUGGAAAUACCGGCAAUACUGGACCGCGAGGAGCUACCGGAUUUGCUGGCAAAACAGGGUUUACAGGAAAUACGGGACCGGCUGGUUUGCCUGGAAAAACCGGUGAGUCCUUACGUGCAACAGGAGUAGUGGGACCAAUAGGACCGCCAGGAUCAAGAGGAAUGGAUGGAUUAAACGGAUUGGAUGGAAGGGAUGGCGAACAGGGACAGCCAGGAGAAGCAGGCCAACCAGGUUUACAAGGUGACACAGGUCUCACAGGACCUCGUGGAAAUCCCGGCCCAACGGGGUUGAAAGGAGAUACAGGAUGGACUGGAGUGAGGGGAAGAGAUGGGACGCCCGGAGAACCUGGAAGAGACGGACAAGUAGGCUACACCGGUUUCACCGGACCAGUGGGACCAGCGGGAGCUCCUGGUUUACAAGGACCUCGCGGAUUUAGCGGAAAUGAUUCAAACUUGAUCGUAAUUGCAAACUGUCCGUGUAGGAAGGGAGAGCUAUGCGUCACUCACCUCGGCGAUCCCUAUCCCUACUGCCUCCCCAUUGUUCCAAAUUGUAGAAUUGACAAUGGUUUCUGCGACCAUGGAUGCACAAUGGAUGCGAAUGAUCGCGUCCAAUGCACCUGUAGGCAUGGGUUUGAACUGCUUCCCGAUUCAAGAUCGUGUGGAGACGUGGACGAAUGCGCUGGCGGUCUUCACAAGUGUUCCUGCGCCUCUAAAUGCGUCAACACCAUGGGCUCAUACAUCUGCUGGGAGAGUACCAUUCGAGACAUCCACCCACUACCGCCACCGAUAACGAGUGGCUGCGGAAAAAACAAACGAGACAUAGAUAGCAAAACGGUGGCUCAGGUAACUUCGGAAAAUACGUUUCUUGUGGUGGUGGCCGUUCUCAUUAGCUACCUGGCGAUUAUUGUAGUCGUCGCUUGGAUAUUCGUACAUAAGAGUAACAACGAGUCUAACUUCACACGCGUCGCCCGGAUUGUUGACGGUAUGAGAGAGGAGUUAGAGUCCAUACGAUCUGUCUCGAGGCUGUGAAGAGUCGUGUGUGCACUGUUUGGUGUCUAUGUGAGUGUGUCGUGAUUUUGGUGGGAGUGUUGUUUCUGUUGUGUACCGUUUGUCAUGUGGAUUUUCUGGGUGUGUAUGUUUUGUGUUGUAUGCGUGAGUAUGUGUGUGUAAAUGUUAAUGUGUCUUUGGUUGUGUCGGGCUUUCGGUGUUCGUGAAUGAAUGGAUGUUUUCUGGUUUUUUGGCUUUAGUAGAAGUCAUCUUUUUGUGUAUUUGAUUUGUAGGUUAUUUCGUGAAUUAAUGUUUUUGAGAAUGCGUGGUUGUUGUAGUUUGCAUGAAUGUGCAUGUAUGUAUGUAUGUAUGU